GAGGUGCGGGCGGAAGGUGUGAAUUUGAUCAGAUACUGGAGAUGGUUGUUCAGGAGAGGCAUAGACCUCAAUGGGGCUUCAUCCUGGGCUUUGCUGUGGGCUUUUACGUCCUGUCCAUUUUUCAUUGGCAGGUGGGGUUUUAUCGAAGCUUCACCCAUCACACGGCACCCCAGGGCCACGAGGAGGCAGCUGUAGUAGUGACAGAGGGCAGCGGAGACUGGAGAGAGGAGGGAGCGGCACGUAUUAAACUGAGAGAGCUUUAUGGACAAGGAGAAGACAGCCAUGUUGCAGACGAGCUGUACAAGAAAGUGCGUAUUCUGUGCUGGGUGAUGACGAGACCCAGCAACCUGCAGACCAAAGCUCGCCAUGUGAAGUCCACGUGGAGCCGCUACUGCAACGUGGUGGUCUUCAUGAGCUCCGUAGAUGACCCAGACCUGCCAGCCGUAGGCCUGGGCACCGGGGAGGGCCGAGACCAGCUCUACUGGAAGACCAUCCGCGCCUUCCACUACGUCCUGGAGAAACACGGUGACGAGGCCGACUGGUUCCUCAAGGCUGACGACGACACCUUUGUGGUGGUGGACAACCUGCGCUGGAUCCUGUCCAACCACAUGGCAGAAGAGCCCAUCUACUUCGGCAAACGCUUCAAGCCCUUCGUCAAGCAAGGGUACAUGAGUGGCGGCGCGGGCUAUGUCCUGAGCAAGGAAGCAUUAAAGCGCUUUGUGGAGGGCUUCCGCACCAAGGUGUGCACCCAUACCUCGUCCGUGGAGGACCUGGCUUUGGGCCAGUGUAUGGAGAAGAUGGGGGUGGUGGCAGGGGACUCUAGGGACACACUGCACCGAGAGACAUUCCACCCCUUCGUCCCAGAGCAGCACAUGACUGGGACCGUCCACAGAAGCGAUGCAUACAUAAGCUACUGUUACUACCCUGUUAUAGAGGGUCCCCAGUGUUGCUCUGACCUGGCCGUAUCCUUCCACUACGUGGACAACGUCCUCAUGCACACUCUGGAAUACUACACCUACCACCUGCGGCCCUACGGUUACAGCUAUCGCUACCGGCCGCCCCUGCGCCAGGGCCUUGUUGACCCUGUACAAACUGAAGGGCAGGGGGCAGAUCCCAAGCCAGCAGAGGCACAACCAGGAGCACCAGCUGACCCGGGUGCUCAGGCCCAACCCAUGGACAAGAGCCAAGGCAAGCCUGAGGAGAGACCGAGGCCACAGGCAGAGGGUCAAACACCUGCAAAGGGAACACUGGAUGGGCCUGCAAGUGGCAACAGGACUGCAUCUACUGACACAAGCCCCAAGCACUAGCAUCCACAAAGGGAGACUCUUUUGCUGUAUGUGUGUGACUGUGUG